ACUUGUAAAACUUUAUGGAUGUUCAGCAAGACCAUUUGUACCUCGUUGCAAUGGAAUUGUUUCAGGUUUCAUUUACAAAGACUCUCUGAAAGACUGUUUAAUCGCCAUUAAAUUCACAUUGAGAAAAUCAGGAGAAGAUGGCUUCUCUCAUCUCAGAAAACUUCAAAUUUAUUGCACUCUUCUUCAGGAGUAAGGAUGUCAUGAUCUUCAAUGGUCUGAUAGGUUUAGGAACAGUGGCCAGUCAGACAGCAUACAAUAUUUUUGCAUUUAAUUGUCCAUGUUCACCAAAGAAAAAUUACCGGUACGGUCUGGCUGCCAUUGGUGUACCAGCUCUGGCUUUUUUUGUGAUUGGCUUGACACUCAAUCGAAAUACCUGGGACGUUGUGUCAGAGUGUCGGACCAGAAAAUGCCGGAAACUAUCGGUGACUGCUGCUUUUGCUCUUUUGGGCUCCAUUGUGGGCAGAGCAGUCGUUGCCCCCAUCACUUGGUCUGUUAUUUCCCUCCUGAGAGGGGAGGCGUAUGUCUGUGCUUUAAGUGAGUUUGUAGACCCCUCUUCUUUGGAUAAUUUCCCUCCUACUACAAAGAUUCCAGAAAUCAUGGCCCGGUUUCCAUGUAAGGAUGUACCUGCUCCAUUUAUGAACUACUCAAGAGUGAUUGAACGCCAGUUAAAGUAUGAGUCCCAGCUGUUGGGCUGGUUGCUGGUGGGAAUCAUCUCCCUUACUGUCUUUCUGCUUCUCUGUCUAAAACACUGCUGCUCUACCCUUGGCUACCAGCAGGAGGCGUACUGGUCCCAGUAUCGUUCCAGCGAAGAAGCUCUUUUCCAGCGUACAGCUGAAGUGCAUGCUAAAUACAAUGCAGUUGAAUGUGUCAAGAGCUUCUUUGGCUUUGCAGCCUUAGAAGAUCAGGAGAAGGAGCUUCUUGCAAACUGUCAGGGAAUCAAGAAUGUCAUACCCAGAAUGGAGUGGAACCGCGUCACUGGAGUUUACAUGUACAGAGAGACUGGUGACACUCCCCUGUACAGCCGCUUGAACAAAUGGGACAUGUAUACAAAGGAGCUCAGCGAUUGAAAAAGAUUUUGGGGGUAAUAAGUUGGGUGUUUUAUUCUGUCUUCAGUGGCCAUUUUAUACAUUCUGAAUUAUU